UUCUUUCAAAAACUUUUGAGUGCGCCGGAAAAAUUUGUGUUUGAUCGAUUCAAAUUUGAUUAAACGUUAUAUAAAUUGAGUAAAAACUAAUUAAUACGCUUCCAAGCUAUACCUUUCAUACUCUAUAACUAAAUUUUCUACCAUGGUCCUGAUAAAUGUUACAAAUUUGAACGAGAUUCACGAACCUCAGAAAGAUAAAGUAGUCGUUCUUUUCUUCUACGUCGAUUGGUCUGACGAAUGCAAGAAUAUCGAUAAAGUAUUAGAAGCUCUAUCUGGUCUACCGGAAUAUAACUACGUAACUUUCAAAAAAUGUGCUGCCGAAGAUUACCCAGAGAUAUCUCUAAAAUUCAACGUCACCGCUGUACCCACGAUAAUAUUCUUCAAAAACGGUAGCCAAUUUGAUCAGUUGACAGGAGCUGAUCCUGCUGCUCUGAAUGAAAAACUACAGCAAUUUGUUAAAAAAGAUGCGCAGAAGCACCCCGAACAACCGUUAGUAAUUUCAUCCGAUCUAGUUGUAAUUUGUGUCGAAGGAGGUGAUCCAGCGAGCGAAGAAUUAUCUACGAUUUUAAACAAUGCUAAAAUACAGUACAAAACUUUCGACGUCAAAUCGGAUGAAAGUGUUAAACAGAAUUUACUAACCGUUUCUGGACCUUUUCCUCAACUUUAUAUCAAAGGAGAAUUCGUUGGUAAUUUGGAUAAAGUAAAGAAUAUGUACAAGGGAGAACUCGAAGCUAGAUACGAAGCAGCGCAGAAAGGUUUGAGCACGAGUUUAGUAUCGAGAUUGAUAAGCCUGAUAAAUAAAUCCAAAAGAAUGGCGUUCAUAAAAGGAGAAAAAGAAACCCCCAGAUGUAAAUUCAGUAAAGAAUUGAGGGAACUUUUAAAAGAAACUAAUGUGGAUUACGAUACAUUCGAUAUAUUGAGCGAUGAAGAUGUUCGUCAAGGUUUAAAAGAAUUCACCGAAUGGCCAACCUAUCCUCAAAUCUACGUGAAUGGCGAAUUCAUCGGAGGAGUUGAUAUAAUAAAACAAUUGAAAUCGACCGGCCAGUUAUUGAAAGCUUUAGAUGCCUGAGUUCCCAUGUUGUGAUGAAGUUGUACUUUUUUCGAAAAUAAGAAGCGGAGCUUUAUUGAUAUCGAACAUUAGCGAAUUGUAUUUAAUUUUUUAGCCAUGUUUGUGUUCGAUGAAAAUAGUAAUUUUGUGGAUGAGAAUAAAUGCUGAGUUUGCGAUAAUACCUCAGUAAAAAGAAAUGUUUCUUUUUUAAAAUAAAAAUACAUCAUAUUUAUGGC